GCGGGCAUCGAGUCAACUGGCGGAACAGCGGGCACCGAGUCGUCUGGCAAGACUGCGGGCACAGAGUCAUCUGGCAAGACUGCGGGCACCGAGUCGUCUGGCAAGACUGCGGGCACCGAGUCAACUGGCAGAACAGCGGGCACCGAGUCGUCUGGCAAGACUGCGGGCACCGAGUCGUCUGGCAAGACUGCGGGCACCGAGUCAUCUGGCAAGACUGCGGGCACCGAGUCGUCUGGCAAGACUGCGGGCACCGAGUCGUCUGGCAUUGGAUCGUCUGGCUCGACAGCGGGCAUCGGGUCACCAGGCAUCAGGUCAUUUGGCUCGCCAGCGGGCACCGCGUCAUCUGGCAAGGCAGUGGGCACCAAGUCACCAGGUACGACAGCGGGCUCUGAGUCAAUUGGCACGACAGCGGGCACCGGAUCAGGUACCGGAUCAUCUGGAUCAACAGCGGGCAUCGAGUCAACUGGC